GGCCGCGCAGGCUCGGCGGGGAGGCGGCACGGACUGACGGAGGGUCGGAAGGACUGAGGGACGGGCGGGCGCACGGCCAGGCCAUGCCUGGGGAGGCUGCCCGCGCCGAGCUGCUGCUGCCCGAGGCGGACCGACCCGGGCCCCGCACAGAUCUGUCCUGCGAUGCGGCCGCUGCCACCACCAUCCUGGGAGGGGACCGGCGGGAUCCCUGUGCUCUGACCCCAGGGCCCAGCCACCUGGCCCUCACGUUCCUGCCCAGCAAGCCGGGUGCCCGGCCCCAGCCCGAGGGAGCCAGCUGGGAUGCAGGGCCUGGUGGGGCACCCUCGGCCUGGGCGGACCCAGGGGAGGGCGGCCCAAGCCCCAUGCUCCUCCCUGAGGGCCUGUCUUCCCAGGCUCUGUCCACGGAGGCUCCUCUCCCAGCCACCCUGGAGCCCCGGAUUGUGAUGGGAGAGGAGACGUGCCAGGCCCUCCUGUCACCCAGGGCUGCCCGGACAGCGCUCAGGGACCGGGAGGGUGGGCACACAAGCCCAGACCCACCCCCCGAGCUGUGUUCUCAGGGUGAUCUUUCUGUGCCUUCCCCUCCCCCAGACCCUGAUUCCUUCUUCACGCCUCCCUCCACCCCCACCAAGACCACCUAUGCCCUGCUUCCUGGCUGUGGGCCCCACGGGGACGCCAGGGACUCAGAGGCUGAGCUGCGGGAUGAGCUGCUGGACUCGCCCCCCGCCUCACCCUCGGGCUCCUACAUUACGGCCGAUGGGGACAGCUGGGCCUCUUCACCCUCCUGUUCCCUCAGCCUGCUGGCUCCAGCUGAAGGGCUGGACUUCCCCUCAGGCUGGGGCCUGUCCCCGCGGGGGUCCAUGGUGGAUGAACGAGAGCUGCACCCUGCAGGGACCCCAGAGCCCCCGUCCUCUGAGUCCAGCCUCUCUGCAGACAGCAGCUCCUCCUGGGGCCAGGAGGGCCACUUCUUCGACCUGGACUUCCUGGCCAAUGACCCGAUGAUCCCUGCAGCCCUCCUACCCUUCCAGGGCAGCCUCAUCUUUCAGGUGGAGGCAGUGGAGGUGACACCGCUAUCCCCAGAGGAAGAAGAAGAGGAGGCUGUGGCGGAUCCCGAUGCAGGUGGGGACCUGGCUGGGGAGGGUGAGGACAGCACGUCCGCCUCCUUCCUGCAGUCACUGUCUGACCUGUCCAUCACGGAGGGCAUGGACGAGGCUUUUGCCUUCCGGGACGACACCUCUGCAGCCUCCUCUGAUUCAGACUCAGCCUCCUACGCAGAGGCAGAUGAUGAGAGGCUGUACAGCGGGGAGCCCCAUGCCCAGGCCACCUUGCUCCAGGACAGUGUCCAGAAGACAGAGGAGGAGAGUGGAGGUGGGGCCAAGGGCCUGCAGGCUCAGGAAGGGACUGUGUCCUGGGCCCUGGAGGCUGCUCCUCAGACCUCAGACAGAGGGGCCUAUCUGUCCCAGAGACAGGAAUCGAUCUCAGAAGUAACAGAAGAGGGCCUUGCUUUAGGCCAGGAGUCCACUGCCACUGUGACCCCUCACACUCUGCAGGUAGCCCCAGGCCUCCAGGUGGAGGCGGCUACCAGAGUGACCCCACAGGCUGGGGAGGAAGAAGCAGACUCCACCGCUGGACAAGAAUCUGCUGCCAUGGCAAUGCCUCAGCCCUCCCAGGAGGGCAUCAGCGAGAUCUUAGGCCAGGAGUCUGUCACUGCAGAAAAACUUCCAACUCCACAGGAAGAAACAAGCCUCACAUUGUGUCCAGACUCUCCUCAGAACUUGAAGGAAGAAGGGCUGGACCUCCCCUCUGGCGGAAAGCCUGUAGCUGCAGCCACGAUUGUCCCCAGGCAGGCUGAAGAGGACCUCACCUUACCCCAGGACUCCGCUAUGACACUGCCUCUGCCCCUACAAGACACAGAUCUCUCGUCAGCCCCAAAACCUGUGGCUGCAGCCACGCUUGUGCCCCAGCAGGCUGAAGAGGGCCUCACCUUACCCCAGGACUCCGCUAUGACACCGCCUCUGCCCCUACAAGACACAGAUCUCUCAUCAGCCCCAAAGCCUGUGGCUGUAGCCACGCUUGUGCCCCAGCAGGCUGAAGAGGGCCUCACCUUACCCCAGGACUCCGCUAUGACACCGCCUCUGCCCCUACAAGACACAGAUCUCUCGUCAGCCCCAAAACCUGUGGCUGCAGCCACGCUUGUGCCCCAGCAGGCUGAAGAGGGCCUCACCUUACCCCAGGACUCCGCUAUGACACCGCCUCUGCCCCUACAAGACACAGAUCUCUCGUCAGCCCCAAAGCCUGUGGCUGUAGCCACGCUUGUGCCCCAGCAGGCUGAAGAGGGCCUCACCUUACCCCAGGACUCCGCUAUGACACCGCCUCUGCCCCUACAAGACACAGAUCUCUCGUCAGCCCCAAAACCUGUGGCUGCAGCCACGCUUGUGCCCCAGCAGGCUGAAGAGGGCCUCACCUUACCCCAGGACUCCGCUAUGACACCGCCUCUGCCCCUACAAGACACAGAUCUCUCGUCAGCCCCAAAACCUGUGGCUGCAGCCACGCUUGUGCCCCAGCAGGCUGAAGAGGGCCUCACCUUACCCCAGGACUCCGCUAUGACACCGCCUCUGCCCCUACAAGACACAGAUCUCUCAUCAGCUCCAAAGCCUCUGGCUGCAGCCACGCUUGUACCCCAGCAGGCUGAAGAGGGCCUCACCUUACCCCAGGACUCUGCUAUGACACCGCCUCUGCCCCUACAAGACACAGAUCUCUCGUCAGCCCCAAAACCUGUGGCUGCAGCCACGCUUGUGCCCCAGCAGGCUGAAGAGGGCCUCACCUUACCCCAGGACUCCGCUAUGACAGCACCUCUGCCUCUGCAAGACACAGGCCCCACCUCAGGUCCAGAGCCUCUGGCUGUGGCCACCCCUCAAAGCUGGCAGGCAGAAGCAGGCUGUGCCCCAGGGACAGAGCCUGUGGCCACCAUGGCUCAGCAGGAAGUAGGUGCGGCCUUAGGCCCCAGGCCAGCACCUGAGGAGAAGAAUGCAGCCCUCCCUACAGUCCCGGAGCCUGCAGCCUUGGACCAGGUCCAACAGGAUGACCCACAGCCAGCUGCAGAAGCUGGGACACCUUGGGCCGCACAGGAAGAUGCGGAUUCCACUUUGGGCAUGGAGGCCCUGAGUCUCCCUGAGCCGGCCUCUGGUGCUGGGGAGGAAAUAGCAGAAGCCCUUUCUAGGCCUGGACGGGAAGCAUGUCUGGAAGUGCGAGCGCACACAGGUGAUGGGGCUAAGCCUGACUCACCCCAAAAGGAGACCCUGGAGGUUGAGAACCAGCAGGAAGGAGGCCUGAAGCCACUGGCACAGGAACAUGGACCCAGGUCAGCACUUGGAGGUGCAGGGGAGGUCCCCGAGGCACCUCCUGCUGCCUGCCCUGAGGUCAGCCAGGCCCGGCUCCUGAGCCCAGCCAGGGAGGAAAGAGGCCUGAGUGGCAAGUCCACCCCGGAGCCCACGCUUCCCUCAGCUGUGGCCACAGAGGCCAGUCUGGACUCCUGCCCAGAGUCUUCAGUAGGGGCUGUGGCCAGGCUGGACAGAGGCUGCCCUGAUGCGCCUGCCCUUACAUCUGCACCAACCUCCCAGCAGCUGGAGCCUGUGCUGGGAGGCUGCCCUGAUGCGCCUGCCCCCACGUCUGCACCAACCUCCCAGCAGCCAGAGCCUGUACUGGGUCUGGGCAGUGUUGAGCAACCCCACGAAGUACUCAGUGUCCUUGGCACCCCCUUGCUGCAGCCCCCAGUAAACCUUGCCAAGGGUCAGCCCAGCACGCCCGCGGACAGGCCCCUGGGCCCUGACCCUUCUGCUCCUGGUACCCUUGCUGGGGCAGCCCUACCCCCACUGGAGCCCCCAGCCCCCUGCCUGUGCCAGGACCCCCAGGAAGACUCUGUGGAAGACGAGGAGCCCCCAGGCUCUCUGGGCCUCCCACCGCCCCAGGCAGGAGCCCAGCCUGCCGCUGCUGCUGUCUCAGGAACCACACAGCCUCUGGGGACUGGGCCGCGAGUCAGCCUCUCGCCUCACUCCCCACUCCUCAGCCCCAAGGUGGCCUCCAUGGAUGCCAAAGACCUGGCCUUGCAGAUCUUGCCGCCUUGCCAAGUGCCUCCUCCCUCUGGGCCCCAGAGCCCAGCUGGCCCUCAAGGGCUCUCGGCCCCCGAGCAGCAAGAGGAUGAGGACAGCCUGGAGGAAGACUCGCCUCGGGCCCUGGGCUCGGGCCAGCAUUCGGAUAGCCACGGGGAGUCGUCAGCUGAGCUGGACGAGCAGGACAUCUUGGCUCCUCAGACCGUGCAGUGUCCAGCCCAGGCCUCAGCAGGCGGCAGUGAGGAGACCAUCGCCAAAGCCAAGCAGAGUCGCAGUGAGAAGAAGGCCCGAAAGGCAAUGUCAAAGCUGGGCUUGCGGCAGAUUCAGGGAGUCACCAGGAUCACCAUCCAGAAGUCCAAGAACAUCCUCUUUGUCAUCGCCAAGCCUGAUGUCUUCAAGAGCCCAGCCUCAGACACUUAUGUGGUCUUUGGCGAGGCCAAGAUUGAGGACCUGUCCCAGCAAGUGCACAAAGCCGCAGCUGAGAAGUUUAAGAUGCCCUCAGAGCCCUCAGCCUUGGUUCCUGAGUCAGCACCCAGGCCCCGGGUGAGGCUGGAGUGCAAGGAAGAGGAAGAGGAGGAGGAAGAGGUGGACGAGGCGGGGCUGGAACUGCGUGACAUUGAGCUGGUGAUGGCGCAGGCCAAUGUGUCCAGGGCCAAGGCUGUGCGGGCUCUGAGAGACAACCACAGUGACAUCGUCAACGCCAUCAUGGAACUGACCAUGUAGCCACUGACCGGAAGCUGGAGCCAUCCUACGCCUUCCCUCAGCUCUGCUACUCAAUAAAUCGGUGUCCCUUCA